UGCACCCGAUGGGAGUUGUAGGCCACCUGUGGAGCAUACCGGGAGUCGUAGUCCGUGCACGCUCUGGGUGUACUGGGCGCUUCAUGGCCGUCGGCACUACGCCUGCCUACUCUUCCGCUCGGCCCUAGAAAGUUUCGUUUCUGCCCAGCGGGGGACCCACGAGCGUGGACAUCAGGGACUGGUCAUCACAGAGAACCUAUCAAUCUCUCCUUUCAGCAUACAGAAGUAAAUUGUUCCCUUUUGACCUCCCUUCACAUUUUAAAAAAAUUAUCACACUACUGCUUUGAGAGAAGAUACAAUUUAGUUAGGUGCUGCCAUGGCGUCUGACCAUUGCUGACUGGCAGCCACACAGCCCUGAAGUGAUAGCCUGCUUGGACCUAUACAACUAACAAAGAGGAAAACCAUGGCUUCUAGCAGCACUGAGACCCAGCUCCAGAGGAUCAUCCGUGAUCUGCAAGAUGCAGUGACAGAACUAAGCAAUGAAUUUAAAGAAGGCGGAGAACCAAUCACAGAUGACAGCACCAGCUUGCACAAGUUUUCUUACAAACUUGAGUAUCUUCUGCAAUUUGAUCAGAAGGAGAAGGCUAGCCUCCUGGGUAGCAAGAAAGACUACUGGGAUUACUUCUGUGCGUGCCUAGCCAAGGUGAAAGGAGCAAAUGAUGGGAUUCGAUUUGUCAGAUCCAUCUCUGAGCUCCGAACAUCUCUGGGAAAAGGGAGAGCCUUCAUUCGAUACUCUUUGGUGCACCAGAGGUUGGCAGACACCUUGCAACAGUGCUUCAUGAACACUAAAGUGACCAGUGACUGGUAUUAUGCAAGAAGCCCCUUUCUGAAGCCAAAGCUGAGCUCUGACAUUGUGGGUCAACUAUAUGAGCUGACUGAGGUUCAGUUUGAUCUCGCAUCAAGAGGCUAUGACUUGGAUGCUGCCUGGCCAAUAUUUGCCAGGAGGACGAUAGCCACCAGCACUUCUGCUUACAUGUGGAAACCCCCCAGCCGAAGCUCCAGCAUGAGUAGUUUAGUGAGCAACUACUUGCAGACUCAGGAGACGGCUUCCAGUCUUGACCUGAAUAGUUCUCUAAACAAUGAAGCACUAGAAAGCUUCGAUGAGAUGCGGCUGGAGCUGGACCAGUUGGAGGUUCGGGAGAAACAACUACAAGAGCAUGUACAGAAGCUAGACAGGGAGAACCAAGCACUUCGAAUGAUGAUCAGCAGACAAGGGGGGCAGCUUCAGGUAGAGAAGGAGAUGGGGUACCUUGCAGUUGAGGAUAGCAUUGGCCUCGGGAGCUUGGUAGCAGAGCUCCAGGAGCAGGGGGCCGUCACCCAGGCCACAGUGAAGAAGCUACAGGCAUGUCUGCAGGCCCUGGAGCUAAAUGUAGACAAGAAAGAAAAUAGCUGCUCAGCCUUGCAGCUCGAGAACAUGUCACAGGAGCUUGAUGCUGUGAGAGACGCCUUGGGUAGGAAGAACCAGCUUCUAGCCAGCCUUUCAGAAUGCCUCACUAGGGCUGAGAAAAGGGAAAAUCCAUCUCUGAACACAAAGCUUCAUCAAGAGCCAGUUCCUACUGAUCUGGCCCUGAAGUUCCAGGAGCUGAAGGGAAAACUUCAAGCCCUAGAAGGAGAGAACACCAAGGCCCAGGAGCUAAACAGGCAGCAGAGUAUCAAGCUAGAGCAGCUGGCCAAGGAACUGCAGCUGAAGGAGGAGGCCCGGGCUAGCCUAGAACACUUAGUGAAGGAUGUGGUCCCACUUCAGGAAGAGCUAUCUGGAAAGAAGCAAGAGUCAGCUCAGCUCCGACGACAGCUUCAGGAAUCCCUGGCCCACCUGAGCUCUGUGGAGGGGGAGCUGGCUGAAGCCAGGCAGCAGGAAAAGCGGCAUCAAGAAGAAAAGCAGCUACUAGAGCAGGAGGCCAAGUCUCUGACAUGGCAGCUGCAGCUCCUAGAGACCCAGCUAGGACAGGUGAGUCAGCUUGUAAGUGACCUGGAGGAGCAGAAGAAGCAGCUCAUGCAGGACAGAGACCAUCUCAUCCAGAAAGUAGGCACACUAGAGCAGCUAGGUGAGGCACAUGGGACAAGUAAGAGUAAAGAGGCUGUGACUUGCUUGAGCUCUGUCCCACUACAGUCUGGGGAAAUGCCAGAAAAGGGGCAACAGUGCCUCCAGGAAGAACAGGUAAACAAUACUACAGUGUCAGAGGCAGACCAGGAGGAGUUGCAAAAGGUCAACCAGGAGCUACAGAAGGAGCUGCAGAACAUGGCUGUCCGCAACCAGCUCCUAGAAGGCAAACUGCAGGCCUUGCAAACUGAUUAUAAGGCACUGCAGCAGCGAGAGGCAGCAAUCCAGGGCUCAUUAGCCUCCCUGGAAGCUGAGCAGGCUAGCAUCCGGCACCUGGGAAACCAGAUGGAAGCAAGCCUCCUGGCUGUGAGGAAAGCCAAAGAGACUAUGAAGGCCCAGGUGGCAGAGAAGGAGGCUGCCCUUCAGAGUAAGGAGGGUGAGUGCCGGAAGCUGCAGGAAGAAGCAGAUCAGUGCCGGCUUCGGACAGAGGCCCAGGCCCAGGAGCUCAGAGCUCUUGAGAACCAGUGCCAGCAGCAGAUUCAGCUGAUUGAGGUCCUCUCUGCAGAAAAAGGCCAAAAAGGACUCAGCCUACCCCAAGUCAACACAGCCCAACUGGCCCUGUCUCAACAGCUGGAAAUUCACCAGGGGGAAGCCCAGCGGUUACAGAAUGAGGUGGUGGACCUCCAGGCCAAGCUCCAAGUGGCUCUAGGUGAUCGAGACAAGUUACAGAGCCAGCUGGGUGUGGCUGAGGCAGUUCUGAGGGAGCACCAGUCCCUGGUGCAACAACUGAAAGAGCAGAAUGAAGCCCUCAACAGGGCCCAUGUUCAGGAGCUGCUUCAGUGCUCAGAGAGAGAGGGGAUACUGCAGGAGGAGAGCAUCUACAAGGCCCAGAAGCAAGAGCAGGAGCUACGAGCCCUGCAGGCAGAACUGUCCCAGGUGAGGGGCAGCUCUGGGGGAGCCCACCUGGAGCAUGCAGAGCUACAGGACCAGCUGCACCAAGCCAACACAGACACAGCUGAGCUUGGCAUACAGGUCUGUGCACUGACAGCUGAGAAGGACCGGAUGGAGAGGGUCCUGGCCAGCUUAGCACAGGAGCUCCAGGACUCCAAAGAAGCAGCACUCCAGGAACGAAAGGGCUUGGAGCUCCAAAUGAUGCAACUUCAGCAAGAGAAGGAGAUCUUGCAGGAAAAGGUGAAGGCAGCUGAGGAGGCAGCCAGUUCAUUCUCUGGUCUGCAGGCACAGCUGGCCCAGGCUGAGCAGCUGGCCCAGAGCCUCCAGGAGGCUGCACACCAGCAACAAGAUGCCCUCAAGUUCCAACUAAGUGCUGAGAUUAUGGACUACCAAAACAGAUUAAAGACAGCCAAUGAAGAGUGUGGGAGCCUCAAGGCCCAGCUAGAAGAACAAGGCCAGCAGCUGCAAAUGACAAAGGAGGCUAUGCAGGAACUGGAGAUCACCAAGGCUGCAAUGGAGGACAAGCUGAAUUGCACCAGUAGCCACCUUGCAGAAUGCCAGGCCACUUUGCUGCACAAAGAUGAAGAAAGCACUAUGCUUCGAAUCAGCCUAGAAAGAACACAGAAGGAACUUGAAAAGGCUACAUCAAAAAUCCAAGAAUAUUACAACAAAUUCUGCCAAGAGGUGACAAACAGGGAAAGGAAUGACCAGAAGAUGCUUGCAGACCUAGAUGAUCUGAACAGAACCAAAAAGUACCUUGAGGAGCGGCUGAUAGAGCUGCUCAGGGACAAAGAUGCUCUCUGGCAAAAGUCCGAUGCACUGGAAUUCCAGCAGAAGCUCAAUGCUGAAGAAAAAUGUCUUGGGGACAUGGAAGCCAACCACUGCCAUGACUGCAAGCGGGAGUUCAGCUGGAUAGUACGGCGGCACCACUGCAGGAUAUGUGGCCGCAUCUUCUGUUACUACUGCUGUAAUAACUAUGUUGUGACUAAGCCCAGUGGCAAGAAGGAACGCUGCUGUCAAGCCUGCUACCAGAAGUUCAGCGAAUGCUCUGGAUCUCCUGAUAGCAGUGGUUCAGGCACUAGCCAGGGAGAGUCCAGCCCCAUGGUGUCACCAGCUGAAGCAGGUCCCCAGUCCAUAGGAAGCCAAGGAAUAAAUCCAGUCUGCAGACCACCAGAUGAUGCUGUGUUUGACAUCAUCACCGAUGAAGAACUGUGCCAGAUCCAAGAAUCUGGCUCCUCCUUGCCUGAAACACCCACCGAAACUGAUUCAAUAGACCCAAAUAUGGCUGAACAAGACACCACAUCAAACUCAUUGACCCCUGAAGACACUGAAGAUGUGCCCGUGGGGCAAGAUGCUGAAAUCUGCUUGUUGAAGUCAGGAGAGCUGAUGAUCAAAUUACCCCUCACAGUAGAGGAGAUCACCAGCUUUGGGGAGGGCAACAGGGAGCUGUUUGUGAGGUCCAGUACCUACAGCCUGAUUCCCAUCACCGUGGCUGAGCCUGGCCUUACCAUCAGCUGGGUCUUCUCUUCUGAUCCCAAGAGCAUCUCCUUCAGUGUGGUCUUCCAAGAGACAGAAGACACGCCACUCGACCAAUGCAAGGUCCUCAUUCCCACCACUCGAUGUAAUUCCCACAAGGAGAGAAUCCGGGGCCAGCUGAAGGUCCGAACUCCUGGCAUCUACUUGCUCAUCUUUGACAACACCUUUUCCAGAUUUAUCUCCAAAAAAGUAUUUUACCACCUGACUGUUGACCGGCCUGUGAUCUACGAUGGAAGCGAUUUCCCAUAGCAUCCGUACCUGAACUUUAAUUAGCUCUUCAUCAUCCACAGGAAACACUACUACUCCUCACCUAUCUCAUUAAACAUGUACACACACAAUGUACACACACACACAUACCUGCAAAUUUUUAAAUAUUAAAAAAUUAGAAGCAAAGGAAAGAAAGUCAGCUGUGCCCCAGCUCAGCAGUUCUGCAGCUUUGGCAGAGGCCUUGGGCUCCACAAUGUACUUAGCUCCAUGCAGCCAUUACUCUCAAGUUCCAGAGCUCUUAAAAACAAGGUACAGGAUUCAACCUUUUCACCCAAAGGGACACCAUUAUCCUCACUUGGAAUCACAGUUGGUAUUUUUCAGGCCAGAAGUGGUCUUAAUGGUAUAUCUACUCUCAACUCUCAACAGCCAGGAUUAUAGGCCAAGGGCCACUGCCCUGGCCACUUUGUGAAGCCUUGGGUAGUCCUAGGAGAAAAACACUACAGGGCCAUCAUGUCAAAGAUGCCCCAUCCCUUAAUUUCCCCAUAAGCAGGGAAUUCCACUUAGCAAUUUUGGGGAGGCCUGAGUUUUGCUGUUCUCCUGAGCCUUUGUCUACUCAGGGGCUUUGUCUACUCAGCAAGGCCACUCAGCAGAUCUAAAUAAUGCCCCCCUCUCCCCCCACCCCACCCACACACUCUCAGGAACCAACCAGAGGGUCUAGGAAAAGCAACUACUACAUGAAGGCUUCAGCUCUGCAUAUGGACAGCAGGAGUACAAAUAUAAGCUAAGUUCCCUUCAGUGGUACCAAAGUUCAUGUGUCAGCCUAUAGCCCAUCUUUGAUAUAAACUAGAAUUUCUGCCUCAGCAGUAGACAAUUGUUUACUAAUGAGCAGAGCCAGGGUAAAGAACUACUUUCAGUACCUGAAAUCUUUCUAUUAAAAGUCUUUGGUAACUUAAGAAGCGACAUAGUUGAAGAACAGGACAUAACUUCCAUUUGCCCUCCAUCUCCCAGUCACUCCCUCCCCAUUUGCCUACUUCCUACUAGUCAGCUCACCUCAGACACUGCUGAAAGUUUGCUGUUUCCUUUUCUAGGACAGGCAAAUAGGUAGCUUAGAUAGCUUCCUGUUCUCUGUGGCUCUUUUUUACUCCUACCACCAAGAAUUUACCCUGGAUGGCAACUUUGUUCAGUGUGAGGCCAGCAUGUUCAACUGAGCCUUUGAAGACUACCCUAGGUCCUUGUGGUUCUGUAUGUGACCUGAGAUUGCUGAAGGCCAAAUCCUCUUACCUUUGAACCCUUCUACCCUCUUGCAAAUGGAAUGCUGAAGCCAGCUUGUUCACUAGGCCAACAGCAUCCAGUACCAAAUAGGAUCUUAUUAUUAUUGUGUGGCUUUUUCAGGGCAUAUUCGAGACACUGGCCAAACUCAUGGCCUUCUGCUGGUAACUUGGUCACUGCCACCAUCUUCAUCAAGAGCCAUCAUUCACUGAGUUGCUGCUGUGUUAGUGGCCUGGGAGGGGCCUGAGACCUUACAUUUGAGUUCAUCCUGAACUCUUUCACUCAUCAGGAGGCCCAUGUGGUUCUUGUGAAGCUGAGACCUGAGGUGAGAGGCUCCAGUGCUGACUGCAUAGUACUCCACUAGACAUGUACCAACUCUGUUUUUAAUAGUAUAUUUUUGUGCUAAAUGGGCUUUGUACUGUACAUGCUGAGCAUUAGGUUACUAGAGGACAUUUGGCCCUGUUUAAGUGUGCCUUUCAUACAUAGCUUUAUUGUUUUAAGUAGUUCCCAAGUUUACUGGGGUUUAGUCAUUGGAGUAAAUUUUUGAAAAAUGCAAUUGACAACUGAAGAAUCACUAAGGAAAAUGGUGUCCCAGCUGGACUUAAUUACACUAAAGAUCAUAAGGAAACAUCCUUGAGAUCUGGGUGAUUCUUUUCCUAAGGGUAGCCUCUCUUCUAAUGACACAGCCUUUUCAUAACAGUCUUGUCAGUAGUGUUGCCAGCUGCCUGUUCGCCAGUACCACUGAAGCACUACUAGACCUCACCCAAGAAAUAAACUAGCCACCCAGACACGGGCAUGUGUCUGAAUCAGAGUGGCCCUCCAUGUCUAAAUGGACUUUGAGAGUAUUGCUGACAGAAGCACCCAGGAUUCUAGCUAGUCCUAGACCAAGAGCAGGUAAAGGAAUUCUCAAACAGGAAUCUGGAACGGAAAAUCUCCAUGUGGUUUUGGAAGUAGAAAUGAAGAGCCAUAUAUAAAUAAAAAUGUUACUUCUGAACAAUUUCAAUUGUCCCCCCCAGGUAAUCAAGCCACUCCUGGCCCAAAGAGAAGGAAAUCGUGUAGAUAUGGUUUGAUGUUCAUAGGGUUUUGUUUUUAAACUCAGACUUGAUGUUUCAACCUGUGAGAAUUCUUUAACCUGAGAACAAACAUUCUUGGCUCACAGGUUUUGGAAAAGAAGGCAGAGAGACAUCUCUGGAGAGACAUUUUUGACUCCUCAGAUCCAGGGAGUGCAAUACAAAGACUGUUGAGUGCUGCUUACAUUUACAAAAGCGAACACUACUUGGUAGAAUCUUAGCACAAUUUCCUCGUCUCAUUUAAUUUCCUCUAAGGAAGCAAGAAAGUUAAUUCAUAAUUUCCUUUUCCCCCUCAAGCACUUUUUAAAUUUCCAGAGACCUCUCUGAUCAAGGGGCAUUUUUAGAGCCUUUUUGAUGUGUGUUUAAUCUCAAUGUUCUUUUGGUGACUGCAGUGACACUGAGCCUCCAUGGGAAGGCUUAACAGUUAGAGUGCACUUUAACUCAUUAAUCCUCACUUCAUGUGGCCUUAUAAGAUAAUGGGACAAGGAACCCAUUUCAUUCUUACCUGCCAAAGAGUUAUAUAGAAGCACAUCAAACACCAGCACUUCAUCUGCACAAAGGGAUGAGACUUUGGCAUCCCCAAGUAUACUUCUUUAAUAGUGUGUGCUAUGCCAUUUGGAAAUAUUUUUUAACCUCAGGUUUUAAAUAAAGCAAAUACUGUGGCA